CCGCGAAAAACGUGUGCAUGUUGCCGAAGGAAUUUUGUCUGUCCAAUCACAGCACACAUAGCACGCUGUAAACAGUGUUGAAACUGCACAAGAUGUCUGCAAACAGCUGUGUUACAUCUUUUCGGCUUGACUCCAUCAAACAAGCCGACAAACCUCAGGUUCACCUGUUUCCUUGUGAAAUAGAGCAUGACGGACCUGCUGAAGUCUCCGCAUUUUUCACUCCUACUUUGAAGGAACGCAAACACGAAGUGUCCGUGUCAUUCAGAGGUCGGGGGAUGAAGGGACAAGAACUAAACUGCCCACAAGGAUACACAGGACUGGUGCUGAAGGAGGUUCAGAAGCCCGCAUCAGAUCAAGAGGACAGAAUAGUCAAGGUGUCUUCAGUGUUCCAUAAUUUCACAUACUGGAAUUUGGAGACACCACCAACAUCUGAUGAUGGAGUUGUGAUGGCAAUGGAAUGGCCUAUGCUAGCAGAGGCAAUACAUGGACCAGUUGACAAGUGACGGUCUUUGUUUUAUUAGGAAGACACCCACCUACUUUUCAAGUACAGUGUUACAAAUAAUAAAUGUGAAAUGUUGUCCGUUUUUUGCAAGACAGAACCACACACACACACUGACCUACUAGCUUAUGGUAUUGACAAACAUUUUAACUUAACAGAUGUUGGAGUAAGAAUGUCACAAUUUAAUAAGAUUGUAAUAUGAUAAUCAAACUAUUAAAAUGUCUUGUUUUAUUAUUUUCCCA